AUGCUGCAGGGCAACGGCUCCCCGGGGCCACCCAACAAGCCCGAGGCCGGCGUUUGCUCGCUGGCCUUGCCCUCGGACCGGCAGCUGGACGGCAGGAGCCGGGAGGCGACGGAGGCCCAGCGCCUGCGCAGCGCCCGCGUCCAGGAGCAGGUCCGCAUCCGCAUGAUGCUGAGGGGGCAAGCGGCCACCCGCCCCGACGGCCCCGAUCACGUUGAUGGCAGCAGAGGUGGUCAGUAUGGCACGGCUCUGCGCUCCUCCUUCAGCUCCCGCUCCCAGAGCAACGGCUUGGAGCCCAAAGCCUCGCUCUACCAGCCGCUGGCUAAGAAGGAUUUCGGGACGCUGAAGGGCAGUGGCUGGUCCUCGCGCUCGGCCGUGGACCUGACCCCGCACAAGCGGAUGGCAACCGUCAGCAACGGGGGCCUGGCCAAGGGCCGGGGGUACAGCGCCGGCUAUGCCGUGCCGCUGGUUGCCAACGCCUCGCCGCGGCCCAGCUCGUUCCACGAGCGCACGUUCCGCCCACGGCAGCCGCUGGACACUCUGUCCCUGCGCUCGCUGCGUCUGACCGACGGCCCCCUGCAGCCCCCCGCCCUCGCCGACGACCGCUACAGCGUCGUCUCCGAGCAGCUGGAUCCCCUGGGGCACCGUUCCAUCUACAAAAGCCAAGGCAACGGCGGCUUCAGCCGCUCCUACCCCUUCGAGAGGCAGCUGAGCGCCGGCUCCGCCACCAAGGCCCCCUCCGAGUGGCUGGAGGGCAGCGAGGGGACCCAGGGCCGCACGAUCCGCGCCCCGGCCAUGCGCACGCUGCAGCGCUUCCAGAGCAACAACCGCUCGCGGCUCAGCGCCGGCUCCUAUGGCAGCAUCCAGGCGGCCUCGCAGGCGACCGUGAGCAGUUCCUACAUGGGCAUGGGGGAGCACAGCUCCCGCGCCCCCUCUGUGCGCAGCCUGGCUGAGUCUGGCCACCACCUGCAGGACCAGCGUGCCAUGGAGAUGUACAACGGGCACAGCACACUGCUCAGCCACCAGUCGGGGGGGUUUGACGACAUCGACCUGCCCUUUGCAGUGAAAUACCUGAUAGCCAGCGACCCCAACCUGCAGGUCCUGGGUGCUGCCUACCUGCAGCACAAGUGCUACAGUGACAGCAACGCCAAGAAGCAGGCCCGGAGCCUCCAGGCCAUGCCCAAGCUGGUGAAGCUGUUCAACAGCCCCAACCAGGAGGUGCAGCGCCAUGCCACGGGCGCCAUGCGCAACCUCAUCUACGACAACGCCGAGAACAAGGUGGCACUGGUGGAGGAGAAUGGCAUCUACGAGCUGAUGCGGACGCUGCGGGAGCCUGACGAUGAGCUGCGCAAGAACGUCACAGGGAUCCUGUGGAAUCUCUCCUCCAGUGACAACCUGAAGGAUCGCCUGGCACGGGACACCCUGGAGCAGCUCACAGACCUGGUCCUGGUGCCUCUCUCUGGGCUGGGUGGUUCAGGGGUGAUCCAGCAGAACCCUUCGGAGGCAGAGAUCUUCUACAACUCAACAGGCUUCCUCAGGAAUCUCAGCUCUGCCAGCCAGCAGACACGGAAGAAGAUGCGUGAGUGCCAUGGGCUGGUGGACUCCAUGAUCCACUAUGUGAACAGCUCCCUGGAAGUGGGCAAGUCAGAGGACAAGAGCGUGGAGAAUGCAGUCUGUGUCCUGCGCAACCUCUCCUACCGCCUGUACGAUGAGAUGCCUCCAUCCUUCCUCCAGCGCCUGGAGGGCCACCGGAGGAACCAGAGUGGCACAAUGACAGGGGAGCUGGUGGGCUGCUUUAGCCCCCAGAGCAGGAAAGCACGAGAGCACUACCUGAACACAGACAUUGUCACCUUCACGGAGGUCUCCAAGGACCCCAAGGGCAUGGAGUGGCUCUGGAACCCGCAGAUUGUGGGCAUCUACAACCGGCUGCUGCAGCGCUGCGAGCUCAACAAGCACACCACGGAGGCAGCCUCGGGAGCCCUGCAGAACAUCACCGCUGGAGACCGCAGGUGGGCAGGCGUGCUGAGCCGGCUGGCGCUGGAGCAGGAGCGCAUCCUGAACCCCGUGCUGGACCGCGUCCGCACCGCCGACCACCACCAGCUGCGCUCCCUCACUGGCCUUAUCCGCAACCUGUCCCGCCACGCCCGCAACAAGGACGAGAUGUCAACCAAGGUGGUCAGCCACUUGGUGGAGAAGCUGCCGGGGAGCGUGGGGGACAAGGCACCGCCUGCUGAUGUCAUUGUGAACAUCAUCGCAGUCCUCAACAACCUGGUGGUGGAGAGCCCCAUGGCUGCCCGAGACAUUGUCUACUUUGAUGGCCUCAGGAAGCUCUUCUACAUCAAGAAGAGAAGGGACAGCUCGGACCACGAGAAGUCCUCCAGAGCAGCAGCCAGCCUGCUGGGCAACAUGUGGCAGUACACCAAGCUCCACCGGGACUUCAAGAUGAAGGGGUACCGGAAGGAGGACUUCCUUGGCCUGUGA